UCAAUAAUAUAAAUUAAAUGAAAUUGAGGACUUAAAGGCAAAUUCCAAAAUAGAAACAACCAGAAGAAUUUCAAACUUUAUAAUAAUUAAAUAUUAAAAUACUAAAAAUUUACUCAAGCUAGAAAAGGAUUUCUUAUUUUUCUUUCUAAAAGACAAAAUUCGGAAAUAAUUUGUAUUCGAGAAGUUUAGCAAAAUCGGUGAAAGAUUGGUGCCCCGCCACAGACAACCAUAUCUUUUAGAUCAAAAUAUAUCUCGGGUUGUGGAAAACUGACACCAAGUAAGAGACUUUUACGUCAUUUUAGUGAAUGAUUCUAUAGUUGUCCAAUUAAUAUCAAACUUGAUAAGCUUUCAUCUUUGACAUCUACAAACUUUAUGGUCUUGUGGAACGUUCGUCUCGUGUCCAAUUGACAUGAAAUUUGACAAGCUUUCAUCUUUCACAUGUACCGACUUAACUCGAGCUGCGUGUCAAACACCCUUCAAAUGUAAACUACGGUUUAACCCGGUAUUUUAAGUAAUUACAUUUUCUUAACCGGCACACAAAACCCAUCUAUAGACACAAUAGGAGAUAUAUUUAUCCAUUUAGGUAAAAAAAAAAAAUUUUAAAAAAUUAAAAAAAUUAAAAAAAAAAAAAGGUUUCCCACUAAAUUUAGACAUCAUCAUCAGUGGGUUUGUCUGGUUUUUGUCGUUGUCGAAAGCAAAGAACAAAGACAAGGCUGUCAAAAGUGGAAUCCUUCACAUUUGAUCAUUGGUUCUUCUUCCCCGUUAUAAAGCUGUCUUUUUUGUGGUGUGUUUUAUGUGUAAAACAAAACCCUAGCCAUGGGAAAACUCGUUCUUCUCGUUCUUCUCGUUCUUCGUGUUCUUGUUCUUGUUCGUGCUAGUGGAAACCCUAGCCAUGGCGUUGAGUUCACCUUGAAUAGAAGUUGUUUCCCACAAGGGUUCGUGUUUGGGACAGCUUCGUCCGCUUACCAAUAUGAAGGUGCUGCUAAUACAGAUGGUCGAGGACCGAGUAUUUGGGAUACGUUCACACAUAAAUACCCAGGCAAAAUUAAAGAUGGGAGUAGUGGAGAUAUAGCCAAUGAUGCAUACCAUCGCUAUAAGGAAGAUGUAGGGAUUAUGAAGAAGAUGAAUUUAGAUGCUUAUAGAUUUUCAAUUUCUUGGUCUAGAAUCCUCCCAAAAGGAAAGCUGAGCGGAGGAGUAAACCAUAAAGGAAUUCAAUACUACAACAACCUCAUAAACGAGCUACUAGCUAAAGGAAUCGAGCCUUAUAUUACACUCUUCCAUUGGGAUCUUCCCCAAGCCUUAGAAGACGAAUACGGAGGUUUCUUGAGUCCUCGUAUUGUAGAUGAUUUUAAGGACUAUGCUGAAGUUUGCUUCAAAGAGUUCGGAGAUCGAGUGAAGCAUUGGAUCAGCUUGAACGAGCCGUGGUCUUACAGCAUGGGCGGAUAUGCGUUGGGCAUACUUGCCCCAAGUCGAUGCUCGUGGUGGCAGAAUUUGAGUUGCAGCGGCGGCGACGCUGCUACCGAGCCGUAUCGGGUCGCUCACUAUCAAAUUCUUGCUCACGCCGCCGCCGUCGAGCUUUAUCGGGAAAAAUAUCAGAAAUCUCAGAAGGGUUUGAUAGGAAUAACGUUAGUGUCACACUGGUUUGUUCCUGUUUCAAAUGCAAGAAAACAGCGCAAAGCUGCUUAUAGAGCUCUUGAUUUCAUGCUUGGCUGGUUCAUGAAUCCAUUGACGUUUGGAGAUUAUCCAAAGAGCAUGAAAUCUCUCGUAGGGAAGAGACUCCCAAACUUCACAAAAGAACAAUCCGAGUUAGUGAAAGGGUCGUUCGAUUUUCUUGGAUUCAACUACUACACUACCAAUUACGCCCAAUACACCCCACCCCCCAAUGCUAAUCGUGCAACCUACUUCUCCGAUGCUCGUACCAUUCUCUCAACCAAGCGCAACGGAGUUCCCAUUGGCCCAAUUGCCGCUUCCCCUUGGCUCGCAGUUUACCCUAGAGGCAUUCACGAUGCGCUUCUAUAUAUAAAAGCAAAGUACAACAAUCCCGUCAUCUACAUCACAGAAAACGGAGUUGACGAGUUUAACAAUGCCACUCUCUCCCUAAAGGAAGCACUUAUAGACAACUUUAGAAUCGAUUACCAUCGAGCUCAUCUCUAUUUCCUACACAAAGCCAUCGAGGGUGGCUCGAGAGUCAAAGGGUAUUUUGCUUGGUCGUUGUUGGAUAACUUCGAAUGGGCGGAUGGCUAUACAGUCAGAUUUGGCAUCAACUUUGUUGACUAUAAAGAUGGGAUGAAAAGAUACCCUAAAACGUCAGCUCACUGGUUCGAGACUUUCCUCAAACGUUAGAGCUGCUGACUAUGGCUACUACUCUUUUAGUGAAGAAGAUGAGCUAUUAACCGCUCAAAAAGCUUUCUAAUAAUUUCAUUCUUCAACAUGCUCGAUCAACAAAAUAUCGAUGUUGAUAAAAUGGAGCUAUGAAAAACUCGAACUACUACUCUUUUAGUGAAGAAGAUGAGCUAUUAACCGCUCAAAAAGCUUUCUAAUAAUUUCAUUUUUCAA